AUGACCUACAAAGUUCAUCCUAAAGAUUUAAAACAGAUUUCAACCUUGGUCGAUGAGUGCUCUGACCUGGUUGAACAAUGUAUAGGGUUGUUAGCUGAAUACCAGCCAGAGCAACCAAAACCAAAACCAAAACCAAAACCAUCAAAUGAGAUCCCAAAUAAUAUUCUUUUCAAUUACGUAGAGUUAGAUAAGAUCGGUUGGAAUCUUGGACAAACAAUGAAAAUUGAAUACAUUAAGGACCAAUAUAUUGAAGCUACACUUUUAGACGGCAAAAAUGAUAAAACUUACGAUUUUCUUGCUGACAAACUUAAUGACAAAGUAUACAUUGUUCAAGAAUAUUUCAAUCCAUACAAACAUGUUGGUCUCUUAUGCCAAAACCAAAUAUUUAUCAUAAGGUUCAACAAAAACUCAUUCGAUGGAACUAAACUACAAAAUCUCCUUUCAAAGGCAACUUUGAUUGCAUCAAAUCCCAAUCUCAUUCUUAACGACUACCCAUCACUUCAAGUCAAAGAUCUUUUAACCGAGAUUACUAACUUUACUGAUCUUGAUUUGAGAUUUUCAUUCCAUUCAGCUUCAAAAUAUUUAUCAAUUUUCAAUUAUAAAGAUAAACCGAGAAAGCCAGAUUCGCAUCUGUUCCAAAUCAUUUAUAUGUUACUUUGCAACAAAUUAGCUGUCGAAAAACUCAAUUCUCAAAAGAGAUUACCAGAUUUGGAAAUUUCGGAAACAGAAGGUUUCACAGUUCCACCAGAAUACGUUGAAGGCGUCAAUGCCAUGUCGAUCAAAGCCAAAGUUCCAGUUGAUCCCGGUUUUUCAAUUAAUGUCCAAACUAAUGAAGGCAACACUUAUGAAAUCAAUUAUCUUCUUUCCAACGAUCCAAUGUUUGAAUAUUUAUUACAAGAUAUCAAAGAUACAACAAUUUAUGUAUCAAGUCACCACAAAACAGCCACUCUAUUAGACAAUUCAAAUUCUAUUACAGUAAUAAAAGUUGUUGAUGAUGCAUUUCUUGAUCAGCUUGUUGAAUUAGAUAACAGAGCUGAUAUCACUGUAAGAGCAAACAAUUUUGAUGAUUUCAGGAAAUUCUUUGGACAAAAUCGUCAAGUUGCUAUGAAAAAGAAAACAAUUACAAUCGAUCCACAAAGACAAUUCGUGAGAACAAAAGAUUUGCCAUUUGCAGAAUUCUUGAAUGAGCCUUCUGGUAACCUUCCUGUGCCAGUCAUUAUCUCUUUGGCUUUGAACGCAAAUUACAGAGUUUUUGCAAUUAGAGAUAAUCAUAGCCUUAACAAAAUGUCUAUGCAGGGAAGUCAAAUUUCUGAACAAUCUGAUUUAUAA